AGAAUGGUGGCCAGCACGCUAAUGCCCUGCCACGAGCACGCAUUCUAUCACGCGCAGCGCAGCUCGAUAGCUCGGCGUGAUUGCCUUUGUGCGCACACGUUUUCGUGAGUCUGCUCACCGUUACCAAAAUAAUCAUGUCGGAAAAGCGUCACCCGAAGUCGAGGACAAAUCUACUGGCCAAACUGAGUCAGAUGUCUCCGGGGGCCAGCGGUCAGGAGCCGAAUGAACAUUCUCAACACAUCGCUCAGCAGCAGAGUGACGGUGCCCGCGAGCAGUCCGUCGAUACCAACUCGCCGGCGAGUGACAGCGAAGCACCCUUCAACCGGAACGGCAUCUCCAAAGCCCAGACUUACCGUCCCGAGCUCCCAUCUACGGAAUCACCGCAGCUAUCGCACAGUGGGAAUGGCGUAGCCGCCGGUCGCUCGCCGAGUACGUUGGACCCGACGCUCACGCUGGCCGUGAGACACCCUUCGUCCGUGACAGCAGGUGGAGGCGCGGAGUGGAGUACGAACCGCUCCUCGAGCGUGUCACUCAGCGGAAAUAAGGCCAAAGCGCUCAAACAACGGUGUGAUAACGAGUCAUCAUUGACGUCUACGGAACGGCCAGCCUUCAAGCCUCAGGUCUUCGUCGUUGAGUCACCCUCCUUGGACAACGAGCAGACGCAGGGAGAAGGGAGCGACCCAAAGGCGACGCACUGCUGUGAGACCUCGCCGAAUCCAGUGCGUAGUGGUACAACACGUUUGAUGAGCGCUUCUGAGCAGCUGCCGUUACCCGGUCCUUCAGACGUGGUACAGUGUAGUGACUGUUCGCUGCCCGAUUCGCGUCUUGGGCAACAGACAACGGCCUCUAAACGAGAGUUCCAAAUCUCGCCGGCCAGAAGAGUUUCCCAAACUGCGUCCCAAAGCGCGGGCAGUCCGUCAUCCACUAGGCGCCUGGACUUAGAGCCUCCUAUAGUGCAAGCGUCUUUCGGACGCGGAGUAUCCGUGAAUCGCCAGAAAUUGUACCCACAUACGCAACCAUCGAAGGACGGAGCCGACAACGCCGCCACCGCUGGCAUCGCCCCAUUGCCGCAAUCUCAACCGGUCCGUCGAACGAACAGCCGGUCUAAAAUGGCGCCCGUGUCUCUGAAGGAGGACGCCGCGUACGGUACUCCGCUCCUGGGGCCUCGAUACAUCACUAAGUGCCAGUCCGCAGCCAGCCUUCAUUCGCUUGUACCGCAGACAUCCGGCACGAACAGGACGCAACUCGAACUUUCGAAGAGUGACCCCCGAGCUGGUGCCGCGGUUGCCAGGGAGGAUCCGUUGCUGAAAGCCAGUGUGGUGUCUCGUACCGUGCAGAUUCUUUCGCCACCGCCUUCGAGCCCGAAAAGUGUCGCGCCGUUGCUUUCGUGUUCGCAGCUCACGCAACAAAGUGAAGCCGGAAGUUCAAGCACCAUACUGAAAUCGGAAGGGGCGCAAACCGACGUGCGCGUGAGCGUGAUCCGGGAACCAAGCCUGCGUUCCGGCAUCAGUCUAGGAGGGCCCGUCCACAUCUCCAAGGUGGCGUUGCCGACCUUUUCCCGGUCGGUAUGCUCCCCGCCUUCGGGCUAUGCUGGCUCCAGGGGCACUUGGUUCGGCGUGCCGAGGUCGCCGUCUUCGACCACUCCGCUCUCGCAGCACACGCCGAGCGCCGUGCACUCGCCCGUCAUCACCAGUCCCAACCGGCAGUGGCAGGCGCGCGAGCACAAGGUGCUCCACGGUCUCCGAGAAAUGGCUCACAGCGCACUGCAGCUGCCCGGCACCCUGUCACGGCAAUCUGGCGGUCAGCUCGACAAGGUCGCGAAGCAUUCGUCGGGUGUAACUGUCACGCUUUGCUUGAUGCUCAUUGUGGUGCUGGUAGCGGCGCUGGUCGUAUUGCGGCUUCUGUGGUCCUCGGCUGGGCUAGUGCGUCGCGGCCAACGCUGCGAGACGUACGCGUGCCGCGAACACGCGUCCCAACUGGGCGCCCACCGUGAACGCGAGCCCACCGCUAAACCCUGUGAGGACUUCGGACGCUUCGUGUGUUCUGGCUGGCCCCGCAAAUACGAGAUUGCGCGUUCUGUGCGUGAGCAGGCGAUAAUUGACUGGAUGAACCGAGUCGGCGAUCCAGCACGCUCGUAUCCGUCGGACGUCAACAAGACGCGGUCCGUUACCUACCGGGCCCUGGCCAUGGUUUCCACGUGCAUGAAGCCCGACAAGCUCGAGGACACAGACAUUAUGGUGAAUUUCAUGCGGACCCAGGGCUUCGCGUUUCCCGACGAACAAUGGCCGCUGAAACGAGCCAGCUACCGCGAGCAGCUGCGCACGCUUGCUGUGCUGGCCGUACAUUUCAUUUCAUUUUCAUUUUAUUUGUGCCCAUUUACAAGCAAAUGGAGGGGGCCAAGGUAAAAGCUGCUUAUUGGCAGCUUGAGUGGUCCCUGGCCCCCCUUACAUAUUGGCAGAACGGUGGCAAAAAACACUUUCAGAAAUGAAAAAAAAAUAAAGAACAGUGGGUUACAUCAAAAUAGAAACAUUUCUUUCAUUGAAUGCA